AGCUCCCGGGCCGGCUCCGAGUCCUGUCGGUAGGGGCAGCAGGAUGCUGGUGGCGGCGGAGGGGGCCGGCCGGUGCCUCCGCAGCUUGGCUGGCAGGGCCCGGCGGGGCGCGUGCGGCUGCCCAGAGAGCGCCCCCCGCCCCGCGCCUCCUCAUGCAGCCCUGGCACUGCCUGCGGCGCUUUGCCCUGGCCUGGUGGGAGAGGACGGCGGAGGGCAGGGCACGCUCUCCCCGGGAGGAGGCCGGCCCGAGGGACACCGGGGGCCGGGGGGAGCCAGGGCUCCAGCGAGCGGCGGGAGGGAAGCCUGCAGGACUCUGUUCCCUCUGUUUAAAGUCUCCAGAUCCGGAGCGGAGCAGCCCCCCCAUGCUGUCUGCGGACGAUGCCGAGUACCCGCGGGAGUACCGGACCCUGGGGGGCGGGGGCGGGGGCGCCGGGGGCCGGCGCUUCUCCAACGUGGGCCUGGUGCACACGUCCGAGCGGCGGCACACUGUGAUCGCCGCGCAGAGCCUGGAGGCGCUCAGCGGGCUGCAGAAGGCGGACGCCGAGCGCAAGCGCGAUGCCUUCAUGGACCACCUGAAGAGCAAGUACCCGCAGCACGCGCUGGCCCUGCGCGGCCAGCAGGACCGCAUGCGGGAGCAGGUUGGCGGCUGGACCGUGGACCCCGUGUGCCUCCUCAGCUCCCUCUGCUCCCACCUGCAUGGUGACUCCACGCCCUCCGGGGCUGGCCAGCCCGCCCAGCAGCCAAACUACUGGAGUUUCAAGACCCGAAGCUCGCGCCACACUCAGGGAGCCCAGCCGGGACUGGCGGACCAGGCAGCCAAGCUGUCCUACGCCUCGGCUGAGUCACUGGAGACCAUGUCGGAGGCCGAGCUACCCCUGGGCUUCAGCAGGAUGAACCGCUUCCGCCAGAGCCUGCCCCUUUCCCGCUCUGCCAGCCAGACCAAGCUGCGCUCGCCAGGGGUGCUGUUCCUGCAGUUCGGGGAGGAGACGCGGCGCGUGCACAUCACGCACGAGGUCAGCAGCCUGGACACGCUCCACGCGCUCAUCGCGCACAUGUUCCCGCAAAAGCUCACCAUGGGCAUGCUCAAGUCGCCCAACACCGCCAUCCUCAUCAAAGACGAGGCGCGCAAUGUCUUCUACGAGCUGGAGGACGUCCGGGACAUCCAAGACCGCAGUAUUAUCAAGAUCUACCGGAAGGAGCCGCUGUACGCUGCUUUCCCUGGAUCCCACCUCACCAACGGGGACCUCCGGAGAGAGAUGGUGUACGCGUCGCGGGAGUCGUCGCCCACGCGGCGUCUCAACAACCUGUCGCCGGCCCCGCACCUGGCAUCCAGCUCGCCACCGCCCGGGCUGCCUUCGGGGCUGCCUUCGGGGUCGCCGUCGCGCUCGCGCCUGUCCUACGCCGCAGGGGGGCGCCCGCCCUCGUACGCCGGCAGCCCGGUGCACCAUGCGGCAGAGCGGCUGGGGGGCGCCCCGGGGGCGGCGACGGCGGGGGCGCAGGGAGUGAGCCCCAGCCCCAGCGCCAUCCUGGAGCGGCGCGAUGUGAAGCCUGACGAGGACCUGGCGGGCAAGGCGGGCGGCAUGAUGCUGGUGAAGGGCGAGGGCCUGUACGCCGACCCCUACGGGCUGUUGCACGAGGGCCGCCUGAGCCUGGCGGCGGCCGGCGAACCCUUCGCGUUCCCGGGCGCCGGCGGGCUCUACAAGCGCGGCUCGGUGCGCUCGCUCAGCACCUACUCGGCCGCCGCGCUGCAGUCCGACCUGGAGGACUCGCUCUACAAGGCGGCGGCCGGCGGCGGCGCGCUCUACGGCGACGGCUACAGCUUCCGCCUGCCGCCCUCAUCGCCGCAGAAGCUGGCGGACGUGGGGGCGCCCCCCGGCGGACCUCCACCGCCCCACAGCCCCUACUCGGGCCCACCCAGCCGCGGCUCGCCCGUGCGCCAGUCCUUCCGCAAGGACUCGGGCUCCUCGUCCGUCUUCGCUGAGAGUCCUGGGGCCAAGACGCGCAGCGGCACCGGAGGCGCCUCUGGAACUGGGGUCCCCCCGCCCGAGCUCUUCCCCGGGCCCGGGGAGCGCGCGCUCGUGGGCUUCGGGCCACCAGUGCCAGCCAAGGACUCAGAGACCAGGGAGCGCAUGGAGGCCAUGGAGAAGCAGAUCGCCAGUCUCACGGGCCUGGUACAGAGCGCCCUCCUUCGGGGCUCGGAGCCUGAGACCCCCAGUGAGAAGAUUGAAGGGUCCAAUGGGGCAGCCACCCCCUCAGCACAGUGCGGGUCAGGCAGCCGCAGCAGUGGGGCCACCCCGGUGUCCGGCCCUCCCGCGCCCUCGGCCAGCGGCGCCCCUGCGGAGAAGCCCACGGCAGUCAGCCGUCUCCAGAUGCAGCUGCACCUGCGCGGCCUGCAGAACAGCGCCAGCGACUUGCGCGGCCAGCUGCAGCAGCUGCGCAAGCUCCAGCUCCAGAAUCAGGAGUCGGUGCGCACGCUGCUGAAGCGCACGGAGGCGGAGCUGAGCAUGCGCGUGUCAGAGGCGGCGCGGCGGCAGGAGGACCCACUGCAGCGACAGCGCACCCUGGUGGAGGAGGAGCGGCUGCGCUACCUCAACGACGAGGAGCUCAUCACCCAGCAGCUCAAUGACCUGGAGAAGUCGAUGGAGAGGCUCCAGAGGGACGCGUCCCACAGCCACCGGCUGGUGCCCGGGCCUGAGCUGGAGGAGAAGGCGCUGGUGCUGAAGCACCUGGGGGAGACGCUGACGGAUCUCAAAGCUCACUUCCCUGGGCUGCAGAGCAAGAUGCGCGUGGUGCUGCGCGUGGAGGUGGAGGCUGUGAAGUUCCUGAAGGAGGAGCCGCAGCGCCUGGACGGGCUGCUCAAGCGCUGCCGCGGGGUCACCGAUGCACUGGCCCAGAUCCGCAGGCAAGUGGACGAGGGGGUGUGGCCGCCCCCCAACAACCUUCUGAGUCAGUCCCCCAAGAAGGUGACCGCGGAGACUGACUUCAGCAAGGGCUUGGACUUCGACAUGCCGCCUCCCAGUCCUCCGCUGAACCUGCACGAGCUGAGUGGCCCGGCCGAGGGGGGCCCCCUCACCCCGAAGGGCGGCAACCCCACCAAAGGCCUGGAUGCUCCUGGGAAGCGCAGCGUGGACAAGGCUGUGUCCGUGGAGGCGGCAGAGCGGGACUGGGAGGAGAAGCGGGCGGCGCUGACCCAGUACAGCGCCAAGGACAUCAAUCGGCUGCUGGAGGAAACGCAGGCUGAGCUGCUCAAGGCCAUCCCGGACCUGGACUGCGCUGGCAAGGCCCAUCCGGGCCCUGCCCCCGCCCCGGACCACAAGCCCCCCAAGGCACCCCACGGCCAGAAGACGGCCCCCCGAACAGAGCCCAGCGGGAGGAGGGGCUCAGAUGAGCUGACGGUGCCCCGCUACCGCACCGAGAAGCCCUCCAAGUCGCCUCCGCCACCCCCACCCCGCCGCAGCUUCCCCUCCUCUCACGGCCUGACCACCACACGAACUGGGGAGGUGGUGGUCACCACCAAGAAGGACUCGGCCUUUAUCAAGAAGGCGGAGUCUGAGGAGCUGGAGGUGCAGAAGCCCCAGGUGAAGCUGCGCCGGGCCGUGUCCGAGGUGGCCCGCCCCGCCUCCACGCCCCCCAUCAUGGCCUCCGCCAUCAAGGAUGAGGACGAGGAGGACCGCAUCAUCGCCGAGCUGGAGGUGUUUGAGAGAAGCUCAGUCUCCUCCCUCCCCCCCACACCCUGCCGCCAGCCGAUCCCCACCUUGGUGUCCCCCCAGGACCUGGGGCCCCCCGGGGGCUCAGCCCUGGGCCCUACAUGGAAGGCCUUCUGCAUUCCCCGGAUCAUCCUGACAGAGUGUGGCCCCUCCUCGCUUGAGGCAGAGAGUGAGGCUCCAGGCCCCUGCCCAGCUCCCACGCCAAGACCCCGGACCCUGGUCGGCGCCCCCCAGGCCCUGCCAGAGCUGGUGGCCACAGCCACUGGGCCCAGGAAGGACAGGGGAGCUGGGAAGAGACUGGCUGGAGCCACCUGUUCUUGGGCACCAGCCCCGGCUGGGACUCAGGAGCCCACCACCGCCGAGAGGCCCACGCAGGAGACCCCUGGGGGCUACGGGGGGCAAACCCACUGCGAAGCACGGAGGGACAGCCUGGAGCAGACUCUGCUGGAGCUGGAGGCCACUCUGAGCGAGCUGGGUGCAGCCCCCACCACUAGUGGUGGCAGUGGCGUGCCGCCCAUGAAGGUGGUGACCCCCGGGGCCUCCAGGCUGAAGACGGCCCAGGGCCAGGCGGGCAGCCCGGACAAAGGCAAACACGGCAAGCAGCGGGCAGAGUACAUGAGGAUCCAGGCCCAGCAGCAGUAACCGUGGACCACCCCACCCCUUCCCUCUUCUUCUGCCCCUGCCAAGCCCCCCUUCCUACACCCCCAAGUCAGGGCUCAGCUCUCUCCCGAUGCCCCUCCAGUGUCUCCUCUUGGAUCUUGGAGGUUUUCUAUUCCUCACGCUUCAGCUGGGGCCCGGCACACAGGCCACCUCCGCCGUCUCUGACCCGGACCCCUGUUUCUAUUCCAGGCCACUAAACCAUCUAAAGAGAUGAGCGGGUCGAAUGAGACCUCGAGCCCAGUGUCAGAAAAGCCCUCGGCUUCCAGAACCUCCAUUCCCGUAUUGACUUCCUUUGGGGCAAGGAAUUCUUCCAUCUCCUUCUAGAGCCUUCCAGAAGCCCCUCACAUCCCCCCAGCCCGUCCCCUCCUUCCUCCUGCCAUCUCUUCCUAGUCCGCUUCCCUUCAUCUCCCGUACCCCACCCUCUCCGCUAGACCCUUGAGGGUCCCCACCCUGUGGGCCUUCUCAGUCUUCUAUUCUCAUCCCCCCUUGUUGGUGUUUUUGGUUUUUUUUUUAAUGAUUUACUUUUCAUUAUCUUUUUGUAAAGAGCAGAAUAGUUUAACUAAAAACCAAACACACCACCUCCCCUUGACCUCCUAUUCCCAGUGGCCUCUUCCUGUCAUCGUCUGCCCCUUCUCUCUCUCACGCUCUUCCCCCCAAGUCCAUCCUGCAGCCCCCGACCUGCCCUGUACCCAUCCCCCCGUUCCCCUCACUCCUGAGAAAACUCCAAACAAACUCUGAGCCACGGAGACUUGGAGCGACAAGAGACCCCUCCCCCUUCUCUGUCAUCCCUUCCCGGAGGAGCAGAGGACACGGGCCCACCCCAGCUUCCGGCUGGACCAUGGGAUGAGGGUGACCCUGGUCCUGGAGACGCCCCACUCCCUGUCUGAGCUGGGACAAGACUGAACGCUGCUGCUACUCUGCUCCUUCCUGUCGUGUCCAGUCCAGCUGUAGGCCAGAAGGACCAGCGGGGACCACAGAGGGACAGAGGCUGAGUCUGAGCGGCCCCAGGCUGGGUGUGUGGCCAUGGUGCCCAGGCCAUGUGUCCCUGGGGAGCCGCUGGCUUGUGGGGAGGAGCUGCGGGUGGUAGCAGAGAAGGAGGGACUGGGGACACUGGCAUGGAGGGUGGCCGUGGGGACAGCCUGCCACUGGGCCACUGCCUCGGGAGAGGGCAGCCUGGGAAGGUGCAUUUGGUACUUUUAGUUUCCUGAUUUAGCACUUUAAAUGCCAUUAACUUAAUGCGUGUGGGUGGGUGACAGGGAAGGGCCAAGGGACUAGGUCUGGAGCCCUGAGGGUGGGAGGGAGAUGGGGAGCCUAGCCGGUGGUUUUGAAGGACAGUGAGGACAGCUCUGACCCCACAGGUGGGGACAAACUGGCCUUCAACAUCUUUUUUGUGACUUGAGAGCUUUCAGGGACGGGGUGCGACGUGGGGAUCUGGUGACUACUGAUGAGAUGUUUGUGGGUCCUGAAGCCUGGAGGAGGGAGGGAAAGGAGGCUUUGGGUCUCCAGUCCUGGGGUCCCCAGGGGUGCAGAGAGGGCCCAGCAGGGAGACAGGGAGGAGGAGGAGGGAGUGGCGUCCCCAGAGGACAGGUUUCCCAUUUGGAGCACAAAGGAAGAGGAAGCACAGGUAGGGGACGUGGGGAUUGUCCCCCAUAAGCACAGAAAAGAGGAGCCAUGGAAGGGGACAAAGCCGGUGUCCCUGGGGGCCUGCUGGGGGUUGGGGAGGGAGGGAACUGGGCUAUGUUUCUUCAUUCCUUUGGGAUUAUUUUUGGUUUCUGUUUUUGUUGGUUCAUCCUUGUUUUCUAGCUUCUGACCAUUUUUGUACCAAGGCAAGCGAGCCUUUUUGAAAAAUAACAAAAGAAGAGGAAAAAAAAAAAAAUCCCUCCCGGAAAAAAAAACAAAACACAAAAAAACCUAGAAAAUAGGAAAAAAAAAAAGGACCUCAUAAAUGAUGCAAUUACUUUUAAUUGCAGGCAACUCUUUACAUUUAAGUGAAGUGUCUUAACAUUUUAUAUUGUUUUAAAAAUAUAUUUACAUAUUAUAUAUAUAAUAUACGUAAUAUAAAUAUAUAUAAAUAUUUAAAAAAGAAAAAAAAAAGGAACCCACGGCCCUCUUCCCUGGCCGCUGUCGCGGCAGGGCGGGGCCUGGGGACAGCAGAGGCGGGGCUGGCUCUGGUCGGGGAGGCGCUGGUUAGGUCCGGGGUACAGGGAUCCGGGCCUGGGAGGGGAGGGGGGAGUGGUGCCCCCUCCUCCCUCCGCUCCAUUACUCUGCUUGCUACUCUGCUCGCCCCAGCACCUCAGCCCUUUGACCUGACCGCACCCCGCUGUCAUUGUCCUGAGUUGAUGUCCCUUGUGGGGGAGGGGGCGUCCAUCCAAGUGGGGCAGAUGGAGGGGCCCACCCCACCCCACCACCCCAGUAGAGUCUAGGGGGACCCGCAUUUUUCUCGCUUUAGUUCCUGAGCACGAAUGGGCUGGGAGGUACUUGCUUGGGACUGUGUGCAGUCUGGGUGUGUGCGGGUGUGCACCGGCACGAGGCCGCUCAGCUGUGCGUGCAAACGCAUGAGGUGUGCGUGCACAGGCAUGGCCUGUCGUGUGUGGGGGAGGGGAGACGUGAGCCCGAAGGCGCGUGUGAGCUGCGAGGGCACUGGCGUGUGCCUGCCUGCGUGUGCCUGUGGGGGGAGCUCUGCGCGUGCGAACACGUGUUGUGUGUGUGCGGACGUGCCUGGCUUCCAGAGAGUCGUCACGUGGGGACCACAAGCGCGUGGUUAGAGGUGCGUGUGACCUGCCUGCGGCAAUGUGCGCGGUGCACCUGUGUGCUGGUGCAGACCCAGAGUGCGUGUGCAUGCGUGUGCGCGUGUGCGCCCCAUCACCCCGCCCGGCCCGCCUGGCUCCCUUUGCCGGCCCGCCCCGCCGGCCCCCAAGCCCGCCGCACGUCCGCGCCCCAGCUGCAUGCGCUCGCUGCUCUCCGCCCGUGUGUGCUUGCCAGAAACUCCGGGGCCGAGCCGCCCGCCCGCCGCGUCCUCGCAUGGGGCCCCUCUCCCGCCCCGCCGCGAUGCUGACGCCGUUCCCGGACCCCAGGGCCCGGGCCAGGCUCGGCUCCGCCCCGCCCCAUCCACCCCGUAGGGACCGUGUUGGUGUAGCAGUGACGGCUUCUGUGGAUGUUCUGUGACCUCUGUCGGUGUAACUUGACAAUUUCUAAAUGGAAAAGGGUUGCUGUGUUUUCUGUCUCUUUUUCAACGUCCUUUUUUCUUCUCCCCACCUCCCCGCUCUCUCCUUCCUUUUCGGUUUUUCUAGCCGAGUGUUUGGGGCUUUAAUAAAACUUGUUUCUCUUUCCUCUCCUGGA